AUGGGCAAGUCGUCCAAGGACAAGCGCGAUGCGUACUACCGGCUGGCCAAGGAGCAGGGCUGGCGCGCCCGCAGCGCCUUUAAACUGCUGCAGCUCGACGAGGAGUUCGACCUCUUCUCGGGCGUGACCCGCGUGGUGGACCUGUGUGCGGCGCCUGGCAGCUGGUCGCAGGUGCUGUCGCGGGUGCUGAUCAAAGGCGAGAAGUUUGGCCGCGCCGCCUGGCAAGACCGCGAGGCCGAGCUGCGGCAACAGAUGCUGGGCGUGCUGCGGAUGGACGGCGGAAAAGAGAGGGAAGACAGCCGGGCUGCGAGCACGACUUCCCUCCCGUCCACCAUCCGCUCAGACGUCAAGAUCGUGUCCAUCGACCUGCAGCCCAUCAGCCCGCUGCCGGGCAUCGUGACCCUGCGCGCCGACAUCACCCAUCCGGCCACCGUGCCUCUGCUGCUUCAAGCUCUGGAUCCUGAGAGGCAACAGCCCGACAGCGAGGACACGUCCGACAGCACGGCCGCCAUCGUCGCCGACAACCCGGUCGAUCUCGUGCUCAGCGACGGCGCCCCCGAUGUCACCGGCCUUCACGAUCUCGACAUGUACGUGCAGUCGCAGCUGCUCUUCGCCGCCCUCAACCUCGCUCUCUGUGUCCUGCGGCCUGGUGGCAAGUUCGUCGCCAAGAUCUUCCGCGGUCGCAACGUCGACCUGCUCUUCGCCCAGCUCAAGCUCUUCUUCCGCCGCGUCGUCGUCGCCAAACCGCGCUCUUCGCGCGCCAGCAGCGUCGAGGCUUUCAUCGUCUGCCUCGACUUCUGUCCGCCUGCCGGCUUUCGCGCCAGCCUUGAACGUCCACUCGGCAUCGGCUACGACAACCAUAUCACCGCCGACCCGACCGUCGAUCUUGGCCCUUCGCCUGCCGUUAGUAGCAAGGUCGAUGAAAUCGAGUACGAGGACCUCACCACCAAUACCAGUGGCCGCGACGCCCGCUGGAUCGCCCCCUUUGUGGCCUGUGGCGAUCUAUCGGCCUUUGACUCGGACGCUUCCUACAAGCUGCCCGAAGAUCACGUGUCUCUUGAUCCCGUCCAGCCACCCACAGCUCCCCCGUACAAGAGGGCGCUGGAGAUGCGCAAGGCAGCCGGUGGCGCCUACGGAAAGACAAUGGCACGCGCCUAG